AUGCCUAGUUUCUUGAUUGCGAGUUCUCUUGCCAAGCGCAGGUCGGCGAGCAAUGCCUCGUAUUCUGCCUUGUUGUUCGAAACCGGGAAGCCAAGCGUAAUAUUUUGCUCCAACAGGGUUCCAUCUGGUGUGGUGAUGACGACACCCGCUCCAGCUCCCUUUCAGUUCGACGCUCCGUCUACGCGCAAUUGCCACAUGUCACUGGGUUGGCUUGGUUUAGCGGAGGUCCCGUCUGCUUUUGAACUUUCCUUCUUUUUGUUGACCAAUUUCUCUUCUUCGACUGAUGGGGUGAAUUCUACUACGAAGUCUGCUCAAGCCUGGGUUUUUAUUGCAGCUUUUGGCCUAUAG